GGAUGCCGGCGUCCACUCACCGGCCAACCUCUCCCGGGCUGCUUCAUCUUGCUUUUUUGGUCCAGGGAGGAAGAAGGGUAGCACGUACGUUCAGGCGCGGCGAUGGCGAUGGCGUCGUCGAGCGGGCUGAGGAGCUGCAGCGCGGUGGGCGUGCCGAGCCUGCUGGCGCCGUCGUCCCGGAGCGGCGGCGUGCGGCUGCCGCUCUGCGCCCACGCGACCACCUCCGGCCGCGUCACCAUGUCCGCCGAGUGGAUGCCCGGCCAGCCCCGCCCCGCCCACCUCGACGGCUCCUCGCCCGGUGACUUCGGGUUCGACCCGCUGGGGCUGGCCACCGUACCGGAGAACUUCGAGCGGUUCAAAGAGUCGGAGGUGUACCACUGCCGGUGGGCCAUGCUCGCCGUGCCAGGGAUCUUGGUGCCGGAGGCGCUGGGGCUGGGCAACUGGGUGCAGGCGCAGGAGUGGGCGGCGGAGCCCGGCGGCCAGGCGACGUACCUGGGCAACCCGGUGCCGUGGGGCACGCUGCCGACCAUCCUGGCGAUCGAGUUCGUGGCCAUCGCCUUCGCGGAGCACCAGCGCACCAUGGAGAAGGACCCCGAGAAGAAGAAGUACCCCGGCGGCGCCUUUGACCCCCUCGGCUUCUCCAAGGACCCCGCCAAGUUCGAGGAGUACAAGCUCAAGGAGAUCAAGAACGGGCGGCUGGCUAUGUUGGCGUUCGUGGGAUUCUGCGUGCAGCAGUCGGCGUACCCAGGCACCGGCCCACUGGAGAACCUGGCGAGCCACCUCUCCGACCCGUGGCACAACAACAUCGGCGACGUCAUCAUCCCAAGAACCAUCUACCCUUGAGCUUGAGCCUGUGAGAGGAGGGAUUUGAGGAAUGAGUGAUGAUCCGACGAAGGGUUUCACGUGCGUAAACUGUGUGUGGAUUGGUUGAUUGUUACGGCGCGCUGGGCAUGGGCAUAGCCUUGUAAUUGUAAUGUGUAAAGCUUAUUAAGUAGCGGCUACUCUUGUGAAUCCGUCCCAUCUCUUUGUAUCGAACCACGAAUUCAAAACCGGUCUUAGUUAAACUCGAUCUUGUACA